UUAACCCACUGAGCCACCCAGGAAGGACACUGCUGAUCCUGUAACAUGGAGGAUUGCCUUCAUACUUCAUCUGAGAAUCUGUCCAAAUUGGUCAGCUGGGCCCACAGCCAUGGGACCAUUUGCAGCCUCAUUCCAAACCUGAAACACUUGCUUUCGGAAGGUUCCCAUGGGAACCUCACAGCAAUGUGGGGCUGUAGUGCUGGCCAUGCUUAUCACUGGCCGCUGACAGCUACUUGCAGAGCUGGGUCCCAAGAAAGGGUCUGUUUCCAGGAUAACAGAAGUUUUAACUCUGAUAGUCCCAGUAUAAUUGGAGUACCCUCUGAGACACAAACUAGCCCUGUUGAAAGGUACCCUGGGAGACCUGUGAAAGCGAAGCUAGACUGUAAUCGGACCAGAGACUCUUGUGACUUCUCUUAUUGCAGUGAACCCUCUGAACUGGAUGAAGCUGUAGAAGAAUAUGAAGAUGAAAACACCCUGUUUGACAUGGUUUGUGAGUCUUCUGUUACAGACGAGGAUAGUGACUUUGAACCCCAAACCCAAAGGCCUCAAAGCAUUGCUCGAAAAAGGCCUGGAAUAGUCCCAUCUUCUCUCCAUUCCAGUUCUCAAGCUCAGAUGGUUGAUGAAUGCAGCAAUGAUGUCAUCAUUAAGAAAAUCAAACAAGAGAUUCCUGAAGAUUAUUACAUUGUGGCGAAUGCAGAGCUGACUGGAGGGGUAGAUGGACCAGCCCUUUCAUUGACACAGAUGGCAAAACCCAAGCCUCAGACUCAUGCUGGUCCCUCCUGCAUAGGGUCUGCUAAGCUGAUUCCCCAUGUGACAUCUGCCAUUGGCACAGAGCUAGACCCACAUGGUGUGUCUGCAUCCCCCUCUGUCAUGUCCAGACCAAUCGUCCAGAAGACUGCCAGGGUAUCUCUGGCUUCACCAAACAGAGGACCCCCUGGUGCCCAUGGUACCAGCCAGCAGGUGGCCAUGCAGAUGCCUGUGAGCACAUCCCAUCCUAACAAACAGAUCAGCAUCCCUUUGUCUGCACUGCAGCUGCCUGGACAGGAUGACCAAGUUGCUUCUGAAGAGUUCCUGCCCCAUCUGCCCAGCCAGGUUUCCUCCUGUGAGGUAGCUCUUUCUCCCUCAGUUAACACAGAGCCAGAAGUGAGUUCCAGUCAGCAGCAGCCCCCAGUCGCUCCAACCAUAACCACUGAGGCCACAGCACAGUGCAUACCAGACCAGGAUGAAAGAGCAGCUGAGCUCAGCAGGGAGCAGAAUGAGAAAACCAUCCGGAGCACGCAGACCGCGCUCCGCAAUUUCCGAGAGUUCCUCAUCUCCAAGUAUCCUUCUGAAACAAGAGAGAUUUAUGUCAUCCCUUGCAAGGAAUUGGAUGCCUACCUGGCCUCUUUCUUUGUGGAUGCCAGGCAGAAGGAUGGGUCCGAAUAUGAACCCAACAGCUUGGCCAAUUACCAGUGUGGACUUGAACGGUACCUAAAAGAACAUAGGUAUGGCUACAGUAUCACCAGGGAUAAGGAAUUCAAGCGUUCCCAAGAGGCCCUGAAACAGAAGCAGAUUGAACUCCGCUGCAAAGGAAAAGGAAAUAAGCCACACAAGUCCAUGAAGCUCACCUUUGCUGAUGAGCUCAUUCUGCGGAAAAGGGGACUACUAAGCCGCUAUAAUCCUGAGGGUCUUCUCAACCUUGUCUGGCUCAACAACACGAAAGCUUUUGGGCACUGCACAGGCUUCCAUGGAUCUACCUUGAAGUGGGGUGAUAUCCGGCUCCGGGUAACAGAAACAGGGCUGGAGUACUUGGAGUGGAUGGGUCAAGACACUGGUGACCUGAAUGCCAAAACCAAGAGAGGGGGGACAGACUCUCGUGUGUAUGCCACCCAGCAUGCUCCACAGACCUGCCCCGUACAGGACUAUAAGGAGUAUGCCCAGCGCCGGCCUCCUGCCAUGCGCUACGAGGAUGCUCCUUUCUACCUGUCCAUCAAACCAGUCGUGAACUUGGCAGCUCUGCAUUGGUACAACUGCCAAGCCCUUGGGAAGAACAAGCUGGCUAAGAUGGUGAAGACCAUGUGUGAGAAGGGUAACAUCCCUGGCAGAAAAACCAACUUCAGUGUGUAUCAGAGCUGUAGCACCUUGUCCGAGGCCCAGAGCAACCAGCUGGUGCUCAUCUGUAACAAUCUGAGCCAGCAGGCUGCCCAGUCGGUGGCUGGGCACUCCAACAGUGGCAAUUUCAUCGUCUCUGCUUCCUAUGACUCUUCCUCAGACACUGCUUGACCAGGUGGCUUGAGCAAGACCCCAGUUUGGUUACUGUGUCCAGAGAAACUGUGAUUAUACACUGCUUCUCAUUCCCUUUCCUCUGCCCUCAGUAUUAACUUUAUAAAAAUAUAAAUAUAUAAUAUAUUUUUCUUUUUACAAAUAAGCCAAUGGAGAUAGUUUAGUAUUGCUCACAUAGUAUUUAUAGGCUUAACACAAAUGUACUUGUGGGUGAUUAAUUGUAAUUGCUGUUACAGACGACAAAAGCAUAGUGGUUCUCAGGCAACACAAAGUAGAGAAGGAAUUCCGUUUUUAAAGAACUGUCAGAAAAGUAACUGAAAGAUAUCCUAGAUACUUGUGUCCUCAACUCCUGCUUUCCUUCCCACCCCACCUCUCAUUUUAGUAAAGUUAAUAAAUGGCUUUAUUUUUUUAAUUUUUAAAAUUUUAUACUAAUCAGGAGACAAUAUUAACUCUUCUGCUUACAUAUAACUGUAUCCAGUCACAUCAAGAAUAUGAAAGUGUUGUUAAAAGCUCAACAAAUUAUCUACAUACUUUUUUUAGCUGAAUUAGAAUUUUAGCUCCUGUGCCUCAUUUUUUGUAAUGUCUGAAAAUAUAGAUGUUUAGCUAGCAUCUUUUCUUUUGGGGGCAAUAAAGCUGCCAUUCUUUUUGGAAGAUACAUAAUUUUUAAAUAAUAUGCAAAGUCCAAUAUUGUGGCAAAAAAGACUGUUAAUAGCUCAUUUUUACUGUUGUGCUUGAACUUGGAUAGAAUGUUUUUUGUUCCCUAAGAAGUCAGUUAAAAUGAGGUGUGAUUUUCAGAUUUACAAAACUACCAAAGCUUUGAAAAUGUUCCCAAGCGUUAGAUUGUAUAUCAAACAUAAAGAGAAGGUAGAGAAUGAGAGUCUUAUUAAAAAUCCAGAAGCACUAGUCAAGACAACAAAAGAGCCCUACUCUUCAAAGCUCAGAUCCCCUGAAUUAUUUAUUUAUGAGCAUUAAACUUCAGUCUCUUUUCCCUAGGAGAUUACUUGACUCUGUAGUUGAGAUCAAAAGAAUAUUGACACUCAUUUUGGGUAACAACAUUUUGUUACCAGAUUUAGAUAAAUUCAAAGCAUUCUUGAAAAUGUGCAGAGUUUCUUCUAUAGUAAAUAUAAAUUUAUCUGUGAUACCCUGCAAUUAUUAUAAUAAUAAUUUUGGUUAAACAACCCUUUGUGGUGGUUUCUCCAAGGUCUUUCUUUUCAUGUCUUGAAGCCUGUAGUAUAUUUUUAGUUAAGAUCCUUCAAUAACAACAUAAGUUUAGACACUAGGAUGAUGAUGAAGUUGAGCUAGGUUCCUGUCCUGUAUAAUCAUUAACACAUAAAAAACCCAAGUCUUAAUCGCUUUACUGGAUUCUAUUGGGAAGUAUUUGUUCUUCAAGGCAAACUCAUAUUCACAUUAGCAGGAGGGUAGGUGUUAUUUUAUGUAUUAAUUUAUCAUGGACUAGGACAGAUUUCAUUUUUAUUUGCUUUGUUAAAUUAUCAUAUUAGCUGAGCUUUCCCAUGGCUAGGCAGCGUUUUCCAACACUAAGUCAUAAACACAUAAAGAUCCAUUCCUCUUACACUGUGACCUCUCCUUUGGCUCUAGAGUAGAAACUCUGCUGUGGACUUUGUGUGGUGGAAUCCACUUUACUUUGCAACUUUUCCUCCAGAGGGAGGCAUCCAGAAACAAGAAGAGAGGGUUGGAGAUAUUUUGCUUUAUUGUUUUACACUAACAAUGAUGAUACCCACCAUUUUUUGAGAUGGUGUGUUUACCAGCACUGUGCGAAGUGACUUACUACAUGCAUUAUUUAGAUAAUAGUUACUAACUAUAUGAAAAUUAGAAAAUUCAGAUAAGCAUAAGAAAACAAAAUAUAUACUCCUGAAUCUGCUGGCCAAAAUAACCACUGUUAAUAUUUUGGUAAUAUUUCUUUAGACAUUUCAAUACAUAUAUAUUUAUUUCUAUAUAUAUUAUCUUUAAUCCUUUCAAUCCUUGAAAGGGUUAGUUAUCUCCAUUUUAUGUUGAGAUCAAGAGAAAUCAGUUAGCUUAUAGUUAAGGAAAUGGUAAACUGUCAUCUGACUGCGAAGUUUUUUCUGUUUAUCUUCCUUCUUUCCAGCUCCUAGUCAGUUUCCAGUGUUUUGAGCCAGAAACGGGGACACGGUGUCUUCCCAUCUCUCAAGACUAUCUGAUUAAAAGGAAUGCUUGAGUGAUCUUUCAUGAUGGCACACUGUGCUCCCUAAUGUCCCCUCUUCUCUUCAUUUUGAACCACAAGGCCUCUUUCUCUCAAGUUCUCUUUACAAAACUUUCCUUAAUCUAUGCCUGGUUUGUAAGUGCACAGGACAGCCUACUGUAAAAGAAUUCUUUUUCUAAAAAACAAGGUUGUUUUUAAUGGGUUACCUCUCAUGUUUAAAUUUUUUUUUUCGGUGAAACAUUUAAAAUGUGAUUUUGUAUUUUAUUUUUGCACUGACACAUACUUUAAAAAUUCUUAAUAUGUUUCUGAGAGCAAAGUAAGUUUUAGUAUGGAAGAAGGGCAGUCAGUAUGUACUGAGAAAGCUGACCUGGGAGACUUUGCAUCCCUCCGAGUGUUGAUUGAGGUACUACUAAAACCAAAGUCUCUCUUAUUUCAUCUUAUCGCAUUUUCAUUCAGAAAAACACAGUUAAAUUGAGAAUGUGAGUUACUUUUUAUUUAUUUAAUUUUGCUUUGAUAACUCAAACCAAAUAGGAACAUUGUGAUCUAGAUUUAGAAAAAUUUUCUGAAGAAUGGCUUGGUAGAAGUUUAGCUGAACUAUAUAUCUCUUUGGGUUAACAAAAUAACAAAAAAUUAUCAGCAACUACCUCUAAAUAUUGUGUUUUUAUAUAAACAAUACUGAAAACAUGCUACUGCCAGAUGCCAUUUUUGUUAUUUUAGCUUAAAAAAAGUUAAUGUUCAUACUGUGGCAGUGAUACAUGCCAAAUAUUGUACAUGUUCUUUAGUGAAAAUUCAGCAGUCCAGCGGGUAUUUACUACAACUGAAUGUGCUGCCUUCCCAGGCAAUCCUGUGGUUCAUACAAUAACAAUAAAACCAUAUUUACAAAGUUUACACUUUUAGGUCAG